AUGCAGUUAGGCAGGACAUUUGAGAAAGAAUUGCCCACAAUGGAAGGAGGGACAGAAAGUAACAUCAAUCUGGUGCCAGCAUGGGUUUUUGCCUUAACUCAGAAUGAAGCAGCCAACAGCAACACCGUAGUCAUAGGUCAUCUCCCUAAAUCUGGUAUGUUGUGUAGAGUCCUCAUUGAUUCUGGAGUGACUCACUCUUAUGUGUCCAUGAAUGUUAUUGAUAAGUUGAGUAUGCCUUUUAAACUAUUUGAGCAUAGCAUUAGUACCAUGUUACCAUUGGGAGACAUGAUGUUGUCAACUAUGUGGUUGCCAUCAAUGCCUAUAACGAUAGAGGUUAGGGAGUGCCCCGCAGACCUUAUAAAACUGAGUAUACCAGUUUAUGAUGUCAUACUUGGCAUGGAUUUGUUAUCAAAACAUGGGGCGACAAUAGACUGUCGAAAGAAGACUGUGGAGUUCAGACCCAAAUAA